AUGCUCAUGAUGCACAAUCGCUUUGUAAACAAAACUUUCCCGGAACUUCAACAAGUUCAAUCCAGUUUCCUUAACGAAUGUCAAAAUUCAUACGUUUGUGAAUUAGAAGCUGCGACAAAAACAAUGGAGUCAGUCAUCCCUGAUGUCUGCAAACAUGUCUCAACAGCGAAAGACAAAUGCAAUCACGAUCCGACCUAUCUUACAUGGGAUGAAUCGGCAGCAAUAUAUCUUUAUACGAUGCCAUCAGCAGCCAUUUUCUCUCCUCUCAACAAAGCACUUCGAAAUGUGAAUCGAAAUGCUCGAAAACCAUGGCUGGCAUAUUUGAAACUUCUUAUAAACGCUUUGAAAAAAUUACCAUCAACUGACAAGAUCAAAGUGUGGCGUGGAAUUAGUUGUGAUUGUGCUUUGGACUUCAUUGAAAAUGAUGUAACUCCUUUACUAGGGAUCACGUCGUGCUCCACAGAUCCUGAAGCCGUCAAGAAAUAUUUAGACAAUGGUGGAACCUUAUUGGAGAUAGAUAACUGUUGCGGCAAGAAUAUCUCCGACUAUUCGUCGAUUAAAGAUGAACAAGAAGUUAUUCUGAUGCCUGGAACUCGUGUUCGUCGUUUGAAGAAUACGUUUGAAUUGAAUGGAUAUUUUAUUCUUUACCUGGAAGAAACAAGCAUUGAAAGUAAUGAGUCGAAGAUUGUAUUAAGUAGUUUGUGUUCAAAGAUAAAACAAGAAUAUUUACAGAACAAUCGUAUUGAACUUAUCAUGAACCGAUUGAAAUUCUUUCCAAUUGACAAAAGCUACAUUAACUUAACCAUCGUGGAAACAAAAGAACAACAAGAGAAAGAAAAGAAACUGAUGACUAAAAAGGUCAACAACGAAACGAUGAGUAUCUUUGAAGAAAUUCAUCGUGGAAAAAAUACAAUAGAAGUGAAGGAUAUUUUUGCACGAUGUGAACAAAAAAUAGCAAAGAUCGUCGUGCUUGGACGGGCUGGAAUUGGUAAAACUACAUUUUGUCGAUACGUUGCACAUCAAUGGGCAGCGGGCACUAUUUGGGAGCGAUAUGGAUUGGUUGUGUUGAUUCGAUUACGUUCAUUAACAUCAGAUCGUUACCCUUUGAAUCGUAAUUACAUGCCAAUCGAUCUUGUCGAAAAAGAAUAUUUUCCGUGUGAAUCUUUAUCGGAUGAAGUGCGUGCCCAAUUUAAACAACAAUGUGAUGCAGGUGAAGUUCUAUGGGUAUUAGAUGGUUAUGAUGAAUUUGCACAAAAUAUUCCAAAGCAGUUAGCAGAUGUAUUCAAGUAUAUACAAACAAAACAACAUCAUAUUUUGACAUCUCGCCCAUUUAUGAUGGAUCUAGCAUACAAUGUGCAACUGGAGAUUACUGGUUUUACAGAUGAUAACAUCAGAGAAUAUGUGCAUCAGUUCUUCAAUCAGAUCAAAGAUAGAUCAAGCGACAUGCACAUUGAAACGCAGAAGUUAGAAAUGUUUCUGAAGUCUAAUCCGAGAAUCUGGGGUAUCGCACAUGUUCCAGUGAUUGUAGAGUUGAUCUGUUGUAUUUGGUGUGAUAUUGAUUGGUCAGAAACAAUGAAUGUAACGAUGACAAGUGUGUAUGAUAAGAUGACCGAAUGGAUUUGCCGAAGAUAUCUGGAAAAACAAAAUGCAGAUACAAGUCAAAUGUCAAAGGAAUAUGUUUAUAAUGUUUGUAAGAAGGAGUUAAUAUUUUUGGAGAGUCUAGCAUUUCAUGGUAUGCAAACCAAUGAUAUAAUCAUUCAUCCAAAACUGGUACGAACAGCGAUGAAAGAAGCUGGGCACUGUUUGCAAGAUAAAUCGUGUUUACUGAAUAUGGGAAUACUCAAAUCGCUGGAAUAUAAAACGAUUGGAACUCGUAUCGAAACAGAUAAAUGUCAUUAUUUUGUCCAUCUCAGUUUUCAAGAACAUUUCGCAGCAAGAUAUUUGUUAAGAGCUCUCACUGGCACUGAAGAUAAUCAGAAAAAAGCGAUUGAUUUUAUUCGAGGUCACAAGUACAAUCAACGUUUCGAGUUGGUAUUCAAUUUCAUAUGUGGACUUCUUGUUGACAAUGGUGAUAAGGAAGUGACAAAAUUACUUUGGUCAGUUCUGGUAGGCGAACCAGUGAACCUAAUUGGAUGUCAACAUGCACAACUUCUUAUUUCAUGCCUCGAAGAAACUGAAUGUGAUCGGAGAAAUCCAUGUUUUGAUCAAUCAAUGAAGUUGAUAAUUAAAUGGAUUAUUUAUUAUAUACAGGAAUAUAGGCAUCCUUUAUCGGAUGUGUUACGAGGAAGUCCGUCACUAUUGAGUCAAAAUGAAUUGCUCGAUACAUUCACACAACUAGUUAGAUCAGCUAAUCAAAUGGUAAAAGAAAGAACAUUUCGUUUGCUAUACGAUUUACCAAUUGCACAUCCAUCUUCGGAGUUGAUUGAUUUACAAGCAGAAGCUCUAAAUGACAGCAGCGAUCAGGUAAAGGUAUAUGCAUGCAAUUUUUUCAAAAACAUACGUGGAGAAUUCGUGAGUAAUGCAAUAAUUAACAAGCUGAUGUGUAUGUUUACAGAUAAAAAUGCUAGGCCUUACGGAUCAUAUAAUGUAUCUCGAACUCUUCUGACUAUAAGUAAGAAGGUGCCAAUGAAUAUGAUGAUAGAUGCAAUGAUGAAUGCAAUGAGAAGUACUGAGGUUGAUAUUCGCCAAGUUGCAUGCAAGAUAUCCACUAUGUGGAAAAAAAAUACAGAAAUGACUGAAAUAGUGAAUAAAUUGGCAAAUGCACUUGAAGAUGAAGAUGACCAUCGACGACGUGGUGCUAGUAAUAUAUUAAGUCAAAUAGACAUCGAAACUGUUUCCGAUCAAUUAGUGCACGGCAUCUUAUUUACAAUGAAAGACAGAGAUGAUCUAGUGAGACUAAAUGGAUGUCAGACUCUUCAAAAGCUAAUAAAGAAAGUCCCAAGUGCCAAGGUAAUGAAAGAACUUAUAUGGGCGCUCAAAGAUCCAGUUGACGAAGUUCGACGCAUUGCAUGCUCGGCUCUGGGCGAUUUAGGUGAAAGAGUAACAAUCGGAGAGGCGAUCUCCCCACUUGUGAAUGCUGUUGAAGACAAGAGUCCCUUUGUGAGAAGUGCAGCUUAUCGAGCUCUUGGUGAACUAGACGAAAAAGCGAUAACAAAUGAAGUAAUAAAUUGUCUUGCUAAGGCUUUCGAAGAUGGUUGCGAUAUGGUCAUCUGUAGUGUCUGUCAAACCAUUGGGAAAAUGGGUGAAAGAGUGGCCACGACUGAAAUUCUCAAUAAACUUACAACUACAUUAAGACACGAAAAAUCUAUGGUUAGGCGCAGCGCAUCUGAAGCGCUUCGUAAAAUGGGAAUGAGCGCUAGAACUGACGAGAUACUUCGCGAACUUGUGAUUGUUUCUAUAGAUGAUAAUAAUUUUGCUAGUGAAAGUGCAUGGAAAACACUUGAGCAAUUAUACGGCGAAACAUGCAUGGCUAUCAUCUUUCACAAAAUUACGGAGUUGUUGGAAAAUACAAACUGCAUGACCUCAGAAAUAGUGAUCAAAUUGGCAAAUGUAAUGGCUAAAAGAGCAUCGCUCGAUCAGUCAUGCCCAAUACUUUGUAAACUACUCACGCAUAUAGACAUCUCUGUAAGACGAUCAAUGUGUCGAAUACUUGGUAAAUUCGUUAACGAUGGAGUUACAAAUGAAGUAAUCAAGCAUCUUAUCCUUAUGCUUCAAGAUCCAGAUGACGGUGUUAAAAUAUGUGCUAUUAACUCUCUUGCGAAAAUAAGUGAAAGAACGCCAACUGCUGAGGUAAGUAGCGUACUUACAAAGAUAUUCAAAAAGCUGCCGCAUGACGUCAUCAAUGAUGGAAUGGAACUUUUGAGAUCUCUGCAUAAAGAAUGGAUAACUGCCGAGGUGAUUACUGCACUGGUUGAUUUGCUCAAACAUUCAUCGGAUGACAUUAGUACAGCAGCAACUGUAGCCAUUCGAUCGGUAGACGUACAAUUGAUAACUAUCGAGACAAUCGACGAACUCAUUGUGGCAGUUACAAAAGUAUCUAAUUUCGCGGCAGAAAUCAUAAUUAAGUUUCUGCUGUCUCUAGAUAAGCAACUGAUGACUCCUGAUAUGAUUGCCAAACUUAUUAGUAUGUUCCAAUAUUUGCAGAAUGAUACUAGAGAAAAUGCAAUGAAACUGGUGAUAUGUCCAGAUAAACAAUCCAUAUCUGCCAGGGUAUUUGUCGAACUUGUCAACAUGUUCAAAAAUCCAUCGGAGGACGUCAGAAAAGUGGCUAUGAAUGUUAUGUUAUCAAUAGAUAAACAACUAAUAACUCCUGGGAUGGUUGUCGAACUGAUUAGUAUGCACAAAGAUCCAUGUAAUUAUGUUAGAACGAGUGCAGCCAAACUUUUGAUGUUUCUAGACGACCAGUCUAUAACUGCUGGAAUAUGUAGUCAAGCAGUGGAGAGCGUAGAAGAUGUUUAUGAAGUCGUCGAAUGGCAUAAACACUGCACUAUAAGUCGACCUUUGGUCGAAACAAUAAUGACGAAAAGCAUUACUGUAUUGCAUAAUGCACUGAAAAGUAUGCAUAGUCAAAACAGACUCGAUGCAUGUGCAGCAAUAACAUUAUUGAACAUCGGUGCAGUAAAUAUGGCAGUAAUCGAUACAGUUGUUGGUUUAUUACAAGAUAACGAUCGCAAUGUUAGACGACGUGCAUGCUGGACUCUUAAUUCUAUGGGCAUGAAAGCUGCUAGAGAUGAGGUGAUUAACGGACUGUUAGAUGUAUAUCAUAGCGACGUAUAUGUGCAAAUGGACGCAAGCGAAACGAUUGAUGAAAUUCUACCCUUGAUCCCAUGUAUGGCACAACUGAAAUCUGAAACAGUUGAAAAACUUUCUAGAUAUCUGAAUGUUCUAAACUGGACUGUUCUCAAGCAGCAUUCUGUAGAACAUCUUGUUAGAGCAUAUUUUGAUACAAGGAUCGAGUUCUGGCUACCCAUAAUUGAAAAGAUAUGUAUUUUUCAACGAUGUUGUAUCAUUAUUAAUGGAGAUCAGAUUAUUGUUGAUAACAAUGGAGACCUGGUAAACAUCGUAAUCCCAAACUCAGAAGUUCAUCGAGAAAUGCUGGCCUAUUUUCAUGGAGAACAUGUUUAA